AUGGAUCUUAUUCACAAGUUCCUGAACCUCGUAGCUCCUUGGUUCACCUUCUUCUCUCUAUGCUUAUUCUUACCACCAUUUUCUCUCUUUAAAUUCUUCCUCGCCACGUUAAGCUCCCUUUUUAGCGAAAACGUGUCCGGAAAAGUUGUCAUCAUAACAGGUGCUUCUUCAGGCAUAGGAGAGCAUUUGGCUUAUGAGUACGGUAGAAGAGGAGCCCGCUUAGCUCUCACAGCAAGAGAGAAAUCGCUGCAAGAAGUUGCUGAUACAGCGUAUGAUUUGGGAUCUCCUGAUGUUAUAACAAUUCGUGCAGAUGUUUCAAACGUUGAUGACUGUAAGCGACUUGUUGAGGAAACUGUCAAUCAUUUUGGGAGAUUGGACCAUCUGGUGAAUAAUGCUGGUAUAACUUCAGUCUGCAUGUUUGAAGAUGCACCUCUAGAUAUGACUAAUUUCAGAGCUGUAAUGGACACAAAUUUCUGGGGUUCAGUUUACACCACCCGCUUCGCAGUGCCACACCUCAGAAAUAGCAAAGGCAAGAUCGUUGUCAUGUCCUCCGCUAAGUCAUGGUUGCCUGAACCAAGAACAAGCGUCUACAAUGCAAGCAAAGCAGCAUUGGCUGCCUUUUUCGAUACAUUAAGGAUUGAACUCGGGCGUGAUGUUAAGAUAACUAUUGUGACACCCGGGCACAUAGAGUCUGAAAUUACCCGAGACAGACACCUUUCGAAGGAAGGCAAAAUGGAAGUAGAGCAAGACAUGAGAGAUGUUCAAGUGAGCGCAAUUCCUGUUGCAUCAGCUAGCGAGUGCGCCCAGGCAAUUGUGAACAGCGCGUGCAGGGGAGACAGGUCCUUGACACAGCCAUCAUGGUACAGCGCCACCUACCUGUGGAAAUUGUUUUUUCCUGAGGUGAUCGAAUGGGGUUACAGAUUAUUCUCUCUCACAAGUCCAGGGGUUCCACGCCAGGAAGCCCCUAGCAAGAAGAUUUUGGACCUCACCGCCGGAGCAAAGAAACUUCUUUACCCGUCUACCAUCCAGUCCCCGGAGAUCAAGACAGAUUGA